AGCCCCACCAACAGCCGCCUGCUCGGCCUCCCUUUUGGUCGCUCUGACUCUGGCCUCAGUCCUUUGCAAAGGAAGCUGCAGGGGCUAGAAAAGGCAUUUGGGAGGGAGCCUUCCUGUCCCAGCGUAGGGGGGAGGCAUGGCCCCCAGCGGGUCAGAGCUGGGGCCAGGUGACGCGCCAGCUCAGGACAUGGCCUCCUCUAUCCUAGCGACUGCCCCAGGCCACUCACCUACAGCAUCACAGGCCCCCAUCUUCAGUCUGCGUCCGUCUGCACACGCGCUCCCUCCCUGGGCAGGGGCAUGGCAGUGGGAAGGCCUGGGCAUGCCCCUGACCCAUCCCAUGCUCCAUGCUCUGGGCCAUGAUAUGGGGAUCUUCCCACUAUGAGAAGGUGUCACAUUUCGGGGUACUCCUGUGCGCUGCCCACACCCUGCCUGGCCGGCUGGAUUCCCCAGCCUGGCACUCCCUCCUAUGGCCCCCAGCCCCCAGUGCAAUGAGAUACAAGAAACAGGCCCUUCCUUGGGCCGUGACAAGGAGAAGAGCCAGGAACCAGAAUUCCCCAAAGACAUUGGUACCCAGGGAGCCUGGGUGCCCCGAAUGCUGCCUGCUUUGCUUUUCACCGCCUGGUAUCAAAGGGCGCAGGGGGGAGGCUGGUGCCCAGCUCUAGGGGGCAGGAGGGAAGGUCUUGCCUCUGCCCUGACACUGCACCCAGCAUGGUUCUCCCUUACCAUGGACAUCUAGCCCCCUGUGCCCUGUAUCAGCCUGGCUUCCCCUGCCCUGCAGUCCUUCCUGCAUUGCACACUCCAACUCAGUGUCAAUCAUUAACCAGGCGCUGCUCCUCCUUGGUGGGGCCCCUGCGGCAGGCCCAUGCUGGACGAGCUGUUUGCCAGCAGGGCUUGGCCUGGGUGCACAGGAGUGUGGGCUUUGGGGAGUCCUGCAGCAGGAUUGGCUCCAAAUCUAGGGAACCCCUUGCAGCUGCUGGGAUUGAACUAGACUUCACAUCCCACCCCAGGGGCAUCGAAUGCGUCAGGGACCCAGGUUGGGGUUUCCAAAAGCACCUUGGUCACCUUGGAGCACCCACUGCAAGGGCCUGCCAAGUGCACGCCUCAGUCACCGCGGCUGCUGGAACCCUUCCAGAGACUCCAAGGGGCUCACUGCCCCACUGAGCUCCUGUGGGGCCAGAGGCAGGUUCCCCAUUGCGGGUCGGGGUUCCCUGGGGGCUCUCAGAGCCCUGCCCCAUGCCAGGGCUGUUGUGCGUUUGGAGGGGCCCAGCUGCCUGCAGGGAGCGCUAGGAAUGGCCUGUCCAGGGACAAUUCUGCUGAUGUGUCACAUAUUUGCUGCUUUUUUUUCCUCAUUCCUCCCUGUGUAGAGACGUUUCUGGGAAAUCAGCUCACCCCUGCCAGCGCCCGAGUGCAGGGAGAGUCACGGGAGCUCUGGGGGCGUCUCCUACCCACGCUCCUUCCAAUCCACCCCGACUCUUUCCCCCACGCGUCAGACCGCACCAGUUCUCGGUGCAAAACCUUGUCCUGGCCGCAGACUGGCCUGCGGUUUCAGAGGGUGGGGAGGGUUACAUGCUACUCUGGGCCAUGCCUGGGGGGGGUCACGUUGGGGAGAUUGGGCCAUGCCUGGGGCCCCGUGCUGGGUGCAUUUGGGAUGUGUUUGAGCCGCGUUCCAAGGGAGCCUGAGAUGGAAAUUGAGCAAAUACCUCAGCCUGGCCUGAGCAUUUCUUUGAGGUUUUUAGGCUCUUUGACCAGUGCUGGGCCCCAGGGGUCCCUUGUGCUCCCCAACACGGUGCCAGGGGAUUAGCUCCUCCCUGCUGUGACUCCCCUACCUCCGAAAGGCCCUGGGGAUCCAUGGGGCAGUUUGAGGAGCAGAGGGACAGAGGGUUCAUAGGGGCCCAGCGCCCCCUUUUCCCAUUGCCUUUAAAUCUCCCCCUGUGGAGCUUCCUGCCAAGGGGGAGGGGAGGGGAGGGGACGGCCAGGGGACGGGCAGGCUUGCCCUCCCCCCCACUCUCCGACAGCGAUUUUUCCUGUGAGCGCUGCAGCCUGGAGUCUAACAAUUAUUGCCUGUGCUCACAUCUGGAAGGAAGUGAGCGGCUCUUUCCACUGGCCGCCUGCACCAGGGGGGACUGGCAGCCAGCUCCUGUCCCGCCCCAGCUGCAGAGGGCCCGGGGAACUCCAGAUCCAGAACGGGGCUGCUCCAGAGCCUGCGCCUGCGGACGGACAUGGGGGGAGCCGGGAGCCCCAGAGCUGCAAGGCCCCUGCUGUGAAGGUGGCAGCACAAGGGGUGCCGCGAGCACGUCGCCCUUUGGCCUGGCGAGAGCCCCAGUGUUGCCACCAUGGAGACACGCAAGCGUGAGAUGGAGCUACUGAGCAACAGCAUGGCCGCCUACGCCCACAUCCGAGACAAUCCUGAGAGCUUUGGCCUCUAUUUUGUCCUGGGCGUCUGCUUCGGCCUGGUGUUAACCCUCUGCUUGCUGGUGAUCCGCAUCUCCUGCCAGCCACGCACCCGCAGCCUCCCUGCCAAGCCCAGGAGGAGCCUGCGGGAUGUCAGCGAGGAAGACGAGGAGGAGGAGGAGGAGGAGGACACGGUUGACAACGUGGCGACGGAGUCCCCGCUGCCCAUCACCGAGAUCCCCCUGGAGAACCACAGCCCGGCAGAUGGCACCUUGACUGUCAACGUCUUUGCCUCGGCGGAGGAGCUAGAGCGGGCGCAGCGGCUGGAGGAACGGGAGCGCAUCAUCCGGGAGAUCUGGCGCAACGGCCAGCCGGACAUCCUGGGCACGGGCACCGUGGGCAGAGUGCACUACUACUAACUGCGGGCACGGGGCCUGGCUGCCCAGCUCCCUGAGCUGGACUGUGAUGGCAGCCCCCCAGCCACAUGGGGCUCUGGUAGGAGGGAGGGCCCACUGCACGCGCUGCUCUUAGGCACUCCCAGAAAGGGUGCCCGUGAGUCUGGAGAUGUUCCCCAGCCCUUUGCACAGCCGUGGGCAUUGUGACUGUGUGCGAGCUGGGCGGGGCUUGGCCCCCUGAAAUGCCCCGUUAGCCGGCAGAAGCUGCACAUGGUGUUUGUUACCGGUGGAGCGAAUGGAGCCAAGCUCUGCCGAGCACCAAGCUCCCUGAGGAGCUGCUCUCGUUAACUGACUGCUCAGGGCCCCUCUCACUGCUGGUGAUGGGGAUCCCCACGCUCUUCCUGCAGGAGCUCCCUGCCCCCUCCAGAUCAGGGACACCACGCAGGUCCUGCCAGGCUGUCUUCCCACCCUCAGUGAACCAAGUGCAUAAGACUGCAGCAAGGAGAGAACUGAGUGCCCGGCCAGCCCAGCGCCUGGAAGGGUCCUGCUGGGGCAUGGAUGAACUGGGAUGCAUGGAUGGAAACUCCCAGAACUGGCCACCAUAGGUGGCUUUGUCCCUUCCUCUGAAACACUUGGUACUGGCUGGUGUUGGAGGGACAAUGCCAGGCUAACGGGUCACUCCCGAGCCAGGCCCCCACAUACUGCCAAGUGCUAGGUAAGGUAGAGCUUAGAGGCUAGCGGCAGCGCGAUAGUUACUGGGCAGUUAGCAGUAGUUCCUGGGGUGCUCAUGUCACAGAGUGUGGGGGAGUCAGAGCCCUGCACCCCCAGCGUCCUGUGAUCCACUGUGACUCUCAGCCAGCC